AUGAUUCCAUCUGAUAAGAGACGACAUACAGAGGAGAUAGACCCUCUUAUAUUCGGUGAGAGACUAGAAGUACCCAUGCAUAUCAAAAAACCACGUCUCUGGUCACCAAGUACAAGAUCCAAUUUUGAAAUGGCGGUGCCUUCAUCUGCGCAAUUCAUUGAAUGCGGUGGAAGCAGAUCCAGCACGCCCUGCACAAGAUCAAAUGCUGAAAUGGCGGUGCCUUCACCUGCUCAGUAUCUCUACUGCAGCAUAUUCAUAGAAUGUGGAGGAAGCAGAUCCAGCACACCUUGCACUACUCAAUUAGAGACCAUUUCACCAAAAAAGAAUCAUAUUUUAACAGAUAUUGAAAUUGACGAUAUUCUGAAUUUUGGUAGCGAAGAAGAAAGCGAGUCUGAAGACGAAGCAUUCCUCAUUUUCAUGCCAAGGACUGAGCGUAUGUUUUUUAUGAAUGACGACGCUGAGGACGAGGCAGUAAUAUCUUCUGGUACUGCUUUAACUGCACCCUCUACCAAUUUACCAGAAGUUUCUGGACCUGUCGGCAUCCCGGGGGAAAUGCCGACAGGAAAUGCUGAUAUACUAUACAGCACGCCGGCCGGGCCCAAGCGAUUGCUCUUUGAUUGGAAAGCUUUUCCAGAAACACCGAUCCCUCCACGGGAUAGACGUGAAAUUUUUAGAGAAGCAGGAGGUCCUGUUCUGAACUUGCCAGGACAAUUCGUACAGAGUCCAGAAGCCAAAUUUUUGUCCAUAUGGGACAGCGCAAUCAUGGGUCAUAUUGUUACAGAAACAAAUAUGUAUGCCGAAGAAGAGAUUUCUAAAAGACAAGAUACUCUUGGAACCCAAUCGCAACUGCACCGCUGGACUCUUACAAACGUUGACGAACUGUAUCUUUAUUUUGGGAUACUUUUAGCAAUGGGACUCUGUUUAAAGUCCAAUAUUAAGGAGUACUGGCAUUGCGACGGGUCCAUCUGUGACACACCAAAUUUCGCAAAACAUAUAUCUUACAACAGCUUUAUUCUGUUGUAA